GAGUGCCUUGAAAAUGUGUCACAUGAUAGAAACAUUUUUUUACACAUAAUUUCGGAUAACGGCCACGUAUCGCUCCCCUGAAUUAUAUACAUUAUUAUUUGUAAAACGUGAAAACCUAUUCGAAAACCGCAGUUUAGUGAAAAUACAACAUGCCGACAAUCCCCAAGCGCGAUUACAAGCCCAACGGCGGUGGAAGCAAGGGCUCGGGCAUGGAUUUCCUCAUCAAUCGGACCGAGGUCACCGAGAUGCAGCUCAAGUGGCAGGAUACCCCGUGCCCGGCUCCACCCUGCAAGCAGGCCUUCUGGUGGGCCAGCCAGCCCAAGCCGAUCAAAAUCAAAGGUUGCCCCAAACCCAUCGUGCCGCCGCCGGAGCCCUACAAGAACGUCAUGUACGACCGUCGCGUCAUAAAGGGCAGUAACUUCGGCAACUCCUCCUUGGUGACGGAAGUGGAUCCCUUCGACAAGGCCGCCGAAUUGAGGCGCCGCAAUUUGCUUCGCAAGCGGACGGUGCAGUGUCGUAAUCAGAGAAACGUCCUGGGCACACCGCCACCGGUCAAGGGACGUAAACACGAGACCAUCCAAACUGAGAAGUAUCUGGAGAAGCUGGUCCAGCGACCGCCAGAGUUCAACGUGGACACCCAAACAGAUCUGUUCCUGGAGAAGCCGCCCACACCGCCAUUUGUACCGGCGAAAGUGGGCGUGGAUGUGGGCACUGAAAUUGGCGACGGUGAGCUCUUCCACUUCGAUGCCGAGGCCCAGCCCAUCAUUGAUGUCCUGGUGGACGCGUGCAUCGAGCAGAGCAUGCUGGAGGUUGCCCACGAGAUGGAACUAGAAAGUCUGCGGCGCAAGCAGGAAGAAUUCCUGGCCCAGCGCGAGGCGGAGCUGGCCGAGCUGCGCCGCCUGGAGGCCGAAGAGCUGCGCUUGCAGGCUGAGAAGGAGCGCCGAUUGCGGCAGGACAAGAUUGCCAAGGAGCUGGACGAGGAGAUGCAGAAGAGCGUGACGGCGGCCAAGCUGCUCCAGGGCCACAUUGCCAGUCUAGUGCCCGAGGUUCUCGAGAACAUCGAGCCGGCCAGCGAUGCCGUGAAGAAGGAGCAGCUGAUGAAGAGCAUCUGCCCCUGGCUGUCUGCCGAGGUAGCCGAGGAAGUCGGCCAUAUUGUGGACUCGCGCGAGAUACUCACGGCCAUCAUCCAGGAGAUUAUCAAGCAACGCGCCGAGGUCUACGCCGGCUACCGAGACGGCGAGUCGGAGCCAUCGGCAGGCCCGGGAGACAUCUGCGAGGAGGAGGGCUGCAUGAUCGACGAGCUGGAGGCGUGUCCCUGCGAAACGGAGACGGAGGAGGAGUGCCCCCCGCCACCAGCACCAGCUCCGCACCUCUAGGAGUGAUUUCUCGUUCACGUUUAGUUGAAAUUUUUACUCAAAAAUGGAGCCCCCACACACCAACACAUAUGUACACACGCGUCGCGAAAGUACCGCUAUGUCGUCGAGGAACGCUUGUUUUGCGCUCGCACCUCUGUUUUUGUGUCUGGCGGCUACGAUACACUUGCAGGACGUCAAACACAAUAGCACAGCGGCGGCGGCGACACUAAACAACGGUAAAAUGUAAACAAUUGUUAAAGGUAUUUGUGUUAACCGGAAAAUUCAGCAAAUAAAGCUCAGUGGAAGCCAGAGAAAACGCGGGAAAACUCA